CCUCUCAGCCAUUCACAGCCAUUCAUUUGCCGCUGCCUGCUAUCGCGUAUGGAGCUACUCGUACACUGACAGACCCGCCAGUACAACCCUGCUACCCCCCACCCCCUUUCAACAUGGCUACAGACUCAAUGGAAAUUGAUGAUUCGCUAUACAGUCGGCAGCGUUAUGUUCUUGGAGACCGUGCCAUGCAACAGAUGGCUCAGUCCUCAGUGUUCCUGAGUGGACUUGGCGCUGUAGGAGUGGAGAUAGCAAAGAACAUAGUGCUGGCUGGAAUUAAGGCUGUAACACUUCAUGACACAAAAGUGUGUGAGACAUGGGAUCUUGGCACCAAUUUCUUCAUUCGAGAGGAAGAUGUUCACAAUCAAAGAAGCAGAGUGGAGGUCAUCUAUCCUCGUGUUGCUGAGCUGAACCCGUAUGUGCAGGUGGGCGUGUCCACCUGUCCUCUGGAGGACAGCACUGACCUGAGCUUCCUCAGGGGCUACCAGUGUGUGGUGUUGACAGAUGCUCGGUUGAAUCUACAAAAGCGAGUAGAUGAAUUCUGCCACUCCCAGCAGCCGCCAAUCACAUUUAUUGGCUGCGAGGUGCUGGGUGUGUGUGCACGGGUCUUCUGUGACUUUGGGGCGGAGUUUGAGGUGUCCGACGCCACAGGGGAAGAGCCAAAGGAAAUGUUCAUUCAAAAUAUCACUCAGGCUAACCCAGCGGUGGUGACCUGCUUGGAUGGACGGAGUCACGGGCUGCAGACGGGGCAGACUGUUGUCUUUAAAGAAAUCAAUGGCAUGGAUGCUCUCAACAACACACACCACAAGGUCACAGUAUUGUCCCCACACAGUUUUUCAAUUGAAGAUACAUCUUCCCUACCUCCUUACACUCACGGAGGAAUGUGUCGCCUGGUCAAAACACCUCAGACCUUCCGCUUUGACCCCAUGGAGAGGCAGUUGUGUGAGCCCCAGGUGUUGACUGCAGACUUCAGUAAACCAGACGCCCCACUCCAGAUCCAUAUCGCCAUGUUGGCUCUCGACGCCUUCCAGGAGCAGCACAGACGUCUGCCUAACAUCGGGUGUUGUCAGGAUGCUGAGGUUUUACUCAGACUCACAGAGGAGGUCAAUGAGACUCUAACACACAGAGUGUGUGUGAACCAGGACCUGGUGCGGUGUGUGUCUCGGUGUGCACGGGGCUGCCUGGCACCUCUCGCUGCAGCAGUUGGAGGCUUCGCCAGUCAGGAGGUUCUCAAGGCCCUCACGGGGAAGUUCACCCCACUCCAGCAAUGGUUCUACCUUGAUGCCAUAGAAGUUGUACGACCAUUGCAGUCUCUGCCUGUCGAGGAGUUUAUGCCCAGGGGUGACCGAUAUGACGCUCUGAGGACGUGUGUGGGAGAGUCUCUCUGUCAGGAGCUGCACAAGCAAAGGCUCUUCAUGGUGGGCUGUGGGGCCAUUGGCUGUGAGAUGCUGAAGAACCUGGCAUUGCUCGGAGUUGGUUUAGCCAAAUAUUCAGGAGAGGUGUGUAUAACUGAUCCUGACCUGAUUGAAAAGUCCAACCUCAACAGACAGUUCCUCUUUCGACCACACCACAUCCAGAAACCCAAGAGCACCAUGGCUGCCAUGGCAACACUUACCAUCAACCCUGAGCUGUGUGUGGAUGCUCACCUGAACAAGGUGUACCCGGCCACAGAAGACAUCUACAGUGACACCUUCUUCUCCAAACUGCACACGGUCAUCACCGCUUUGGAUAAUGUGGAGGCCCGUCGAUAUGUGGACAGUCGCUGUGUGGCCAAUCAGAAAGCUAUGCUAGACUCUGGUACCAUGGGAACGAAAGGGCACACAGAAAUUAUUGUUCCUAACCUGACUGAAUCCUACAACAGCCAUAGAGACCCACCAGAAGAGGAGAUUCCAUUUUGCACAUUAAAGUCUUUUCCUGCUGUCAUAGAGCACACUAUUCAGUGGGCAAGAGACAAGUUUGAGAGCUCGUUCUCCCACAAGCCCUCCAUGUACAGCAUGUUCUGGCAGAACUACUCAUCAGCAGAGGACGUGCUCCAGCGGAUGACAUCAGGGGAGAGUCUGGAGGGCUCGUUUCAGGUGGUGAAGCUGUUGAGUCGGCGGCCGCUGCACUGGGAGCACUGUGUAUCACUUGCACGCCUUAAAUUUGACAAGUACUUCAAGAGGAAGGCUUUGCAGCUUCUCCACUCAUUCCCCCUAGACACACGAUUAAAAGAUGGAUCUCUCUUCUGGCAGUCGCCCAAGCGUCCUCCCUGUCCUAUAGAGUUUGAUCUCAGUGAUCCACUGCACGUUAGUUUUAUUGUGAGCACUGCUAGACUUUAUGCUGGAAUCUACAACAUCCCCCACUCAAAAAAGAAUGUUUCAUUAGAAGCAGUAUCUGCAGCCCUGACUGAAGUGCAGAUUCCGGAGUAUGUCCCAGCAGAUAAGAGUAUAGAAACUGAUGAGUCUGCCAAGAAGCCUGAUCAAAUUAAACUGAUGGUCAGUAGUGAAGAAGAGAGAGAGGCCAUAACCCAGCUAGAGGAGGUCAUCAGCUCUCAGACUUUAACUUCAGAGUGUUUGCGUAUGACCCCACUGAUCUUUGAGAAGGACGAUGAUUCCAAUGGCCACGUGGACUUUGUGACCGCUGCAUCAGCGCUGAGGGCUCAGAUGUACGCCAUCGAGCCCGCUGACCGCUUCACCACCAAACGCAUCGCCGGCAAGAUCAUCCCAGCCAUCGCCACGACGACUGCAGCUGUCGCAGGCCUGGUGGCUCUGGAACUUAUAAAGGUUGCAGGAGGUUAUGAGUUUGAGGCAUUCAAAAACUGCUUCUUCAACCUGGCCAUCCCAGUCAUGGUGCUGACUGAAACAGCACCGGUCAGGAAAACAUACAUCAGAGAGCAUAUCUCAUUUUCCAUCUGGGAUCGCUGGAACAUUUGUGGUCAUGAGGACUUCACCCUUAGUGACUUCAUCAAUGCAGUCCGGGAGAAGUAUGGAGUCGAGCCAACAAUGGUGGUCCAUGGAGUCAAGAUGCUGUAUGUACCGGUGAUGCCUGGCCACAACAAGAGACUGAAAUUCACGAUGCUGAAGCUGAUCAAGCCUUCCGCUGAGCGCCGCUAUGUGGACCUGACCGUGUCCUUUGCCCCGGAGACCGAUGGUGAUGAGGAUCUGCCCGGCCCUCCUGUCCGUUAUCACUUUAGCCCUGCCCCCUGACCUCUGAACCCCACACACACACAGCCCCACAGCCUGAGGACCACUAGUGGAGAUAAACUCGACCUCUCAUCACUGACCACUAAUUGUACAUAGUCUCCCUUUUUUUGUACGGUUUAUUAUCAUUUGGCGUGGAGAGCCUGGACUGAUGCCUUACCUUAGUGCUUUAACUGCUCAGUUGAGUGGCUGCUGAUUCCAGUGUUUGUGAUAAUCAGAAGAUCAACGUGCACACACCAUAAACGCACCAGUAGCUCCGGGCAGGGGUGCUGGUGGGAGUAGGGGCCUGCAGCAGAAGGCCCCCUCUGACCGACACGUCCUCUCCAAAGCACCUGAGAUCCACAGACUGCACUGACUCACCCCCUGAAGAUCAGCUGGGGAGCAGCGCACACUUUCCCGUGCUGCCUCCCUACUGUUGUGAUGUGGUGGUGAUGUGGCAGGUGUGUUGGAGGGCCCUCGGCGGAGGCAAGGGGAGGUGGGGCAUGGCGCUUGCCCUCCUCACGCUGACGUGCCGACGGGCGGGCGAGCGGGGUGAAGUGAGAAUGCCAUCUGGUGGAGACGGAGGGAAGUGUGAGUUCAGACGAUGCGAUGCCCAUGACUUUUCUUUUUCAGCCCUUUAACAGCCAGCUGUCCCUCGCAGGGGUGUGUCCGUGUUUCUCCAGCAGCAACCUGCUGGACGCGAUGUCAAGCAUCUCUGUCUCUGAUGAUGUCAGCAGAUUAAAAGAAUAAAGCAGAGCUAAAGUGCAGGAA